AUGUCGCAGAAGGCUUGUUACGUGUGUGGGAAGAUCGGCCAUUUGGCUGAAGAGUGUGAUUCCGAGAGAUUAUGUUACAACUGUAACCAACCUGGUCAUGUCCAGUCGGACUGCACUUUGCCAAGAACUGUGGAACAUAAACAGUGUUACAACUGUGGUGAGACUGGUCAUGUCAAGACUGAGUGUGCCAUCCAACGUUGUUACAACUGUAACCAGACUGGCCACAUUUCAAGAGAAUGUACCGAGGAGAAAAAAUACCCUCCAUCCAGUUCAUCAAGAAGUUCUAAGGUCUCUUGUUACAGAUGUGGUGGUCCAAACCACAUGGCAAAGGACUGCUUGCAAAGCGGUUCUAAAUGUUACUCCUGUGGUACUUUUGGUCAUUUGUCCAAGGACUGCCCAAGUGGACCAGGCGAAAAAAUCUGUUACAACUGUAACGAGACCGGGCACAUUUCUAGAGACUGUCCAGUCAAUUGA